AAUCUCUGGCCGUGGAAGCCCUGCAGUACCACUCCGGACCAGAGGCGGCGCUGACGCACAGCGCGCCGGGAAGCAGCGGAAGCAGGAAGUGAGGGAAGCCGGAAGUGAGAAGCAGGAAGUGAAGCUCCGGGCCGCUUGUUUUCCUCCUCGGAGCCGCUGACGUGUCCCGGUCAAUGAUGGCGGUCAGCGCCGUCCACCUGGAGUCCGACGCCUUCCUGGUGUGCAUGAACCACGCGCUGAGCACGGAGAAGGAGGAGGUGAUGGGGCUGUGCAUCGGGGAGGUGGAGCUCUCCCGGAUCGUCCACAUCCACUCCGUCAUCAUUCUCCGCCGCUCCGACAAGAGGAAGGACCGGGUGGAGAUCUCCCCGGAGCAGCUGUCCGCCGCGUCCACCGAGGCGGAGCGGCUGGCCGACACCACCGGGAAGCCCAUGCGGGUGGUGGGCUGGUACCACUCCCACCCGCACAUCACGGUGUGGCCGUCCCACGUGGACGUGCGGACCCAGACCAUGUACCAGAUGCUGGACCAGGGCUUCGUGGGGCUCAUCUUCUCCUGCUUCAUCGAGGACAAGAACACCCGCACGGGCCGGGUCCUCUACACCUGCUUCCAGUCUGCGCAGGCGCAAAAGGGCUCCGAGUACGAGCGCGUGGAGAUCCCCGUGCACGUGGUGCCGCGCGAGGCCAUCGGGAGGGCGUGUCUGGAGUCGGCCGUGGAGCUGCCGCGGAUCCUGUGCCAGGAGGAGCAGGACACGUACCGCCGCAUCCACGGCCUGUCGCACCUGGACCCGGUCACCAAGAUCCACAACGGCUCGGUGUUCACCAAGAACCUGUGCAGCCAGAUGUCGGCCGUCAGCGGCCCGCUGCUGCAGUGGCUGGAGGACCGGCUGCAGCACAACCGGCGCAGCGUGGCCGAGCUGCAGCGGGAGAAGGAGCGGCUGCUGCGGGAGCUGGCGGCGCCGUGAGCCGUGCGGUGAUGGACGCGCGCGCCUCUGGCUGCGGGACACGCGCCCCUGGCUGCGGGACGCGCGCCUCUGGCUGCGGGACGCGCGCCCCUGGCUGCGGUCCGCUGGUUCCGUGACUGGCCUGGUGGCGGUUCUGUUAUCUGGGCUCUGCAUUCCACGCUGUGGUUACUGUAAACCUGAUUUAUGUAAAUAAAGAGAUUAUCGUUGGUGUGA